CACAGCCUGCUUCACUUCAUAGACAAACACUCAUCCUGACGCUCAUUUUGUGCUCCAGUUGCAUCCGCCGGUCCCUGGUGUGUUGGACUUGAAAUGCGAGCCCUUCAACCUGAUUUGAAAAAGGUCCUGUUUCCCGGUGUGUGGUCCUGUCCGGAGCCUGAUCCCGAGGAGCUGAGCGCCUUCACAGAUCUGUAUGGAUCGCUCCAAUUCCUGUGCACUUUUCAGAUAAAAGAUGCAGGACUUUCCUGGUCCACGUGUCAGGCUCAUAUUAGGGCGUUCCUCCGGACGUUCAGUUUGACCAAUGCCGGGAUAAGAAUCCACCUAAAAUUUAAAAUUCAUGCACAGAAAUCCCAGCACGAGUUUAGAGUUCUCCUCAGAAGGAAAGUUACCCUGGCUGUCCAACCACCUCUGAUGUUGGACCUCACUUGUUCUGCACACGCUCCACGGUGCGGUCAGACAGGACCGUGGUGUCAGGGAGGACAUCCUGUCGUCGGAGAACGUCUCCCACUCAGCAUCCCGCCCGCAGCCAUGGAUCAGGGCCUGUUGGGAGAGCUCAGCGUCCAGCUUGUCACGCUGCUCAGCCCCUGUGUGCAGCAGUACCCCAAUUUGCCUACGGAGCUGUCUCGCAUGCAAGUGUUGGUAUACAGCCCCAGUAACAUCCCUGUGCCAGCUCCAUCUGGCUUCCUCCAAAGCCUUCCUGCUGCUUUAGACUACCCUCAGCUGGGCCUGGGCAGGAUCCACUGCCCCUCCUCCAAAGCAUGCCAUGACGAUCUCGUGCCCAGCGGUGGGGUCGUGUACGCCGUGGAGCAGGAAAACUGGGACGAUCCGGAGCAGGAAUCAAGCGGCCUCCCAGUGCAGCAGAGUCUCCUCGUCUUCCUCUUCUUACAGCACAGUGACCCCUUCACCUCUGAGCUCACGGAUAUAAUGGCCGGUGAGUUGUUGCUAGAGCGCCACCUGGAGGACAUCCUUAGCAACAACAGGCGGGCCGUCACAUCAGCUCUGCAGGCUGAGCUGCUCAACACAACGAAAGCUUCAAAACAAAGACAAAAGAAACAAGAGAAGCUGCAGGCGGCUGCUGAGGUGAUCCUCUCCUCCACCAUCAGCAUAGUGAGCAGCAGCAGCAGCGUGGACUUCAGACAUGCCUGCUUGACACGCAUGAAGGUACGCGACACUCAUGAGUUAUCAGCCUCCCUCAGGGAGUCCCUGCGGAGGGUGACGUCAUGGAGAUUUGUCCCUAAAGAGAGGUGCUAUCCUGCUCAGGUUGAAGAUCAAGCUGAGGGUUAUGAGCACGCCAGAGCUGAAAUAUAAACAUAUUUUUUUCCCCUUCCGGCUGUGGAAACAGACCAGAAGUAAAAGUAUUUUUGGUGGCAAAAGUUCUCCUCUUAUGCUGCAGCAAUUUAUUGUUUCUAGUUAAAAAUACAAUUUACUCUGCAGCUUAUAUGGCUGUGAUUUUCCUUUUUUUUUGCUGUUCUACAACAGAUGUAUGUUGUAGGUUUAGGAUCUAAUUCAUCCCAAUACAUUUUGUCUUUGAUGGUUGUUGCUUAAAUAAAUUAUGCAUAUAAAAAGUUU